AUGCUUCGCGCGCCCGACUUCGCGACUCGAGACGAUGUCUCUACGUUGCGUAUCACCGUCGCCACCGUCUGCCUUGUCUGGUGGGUGGUAGUGUGGCAUGUUUGCGCAAUCGGCUUUAUCCAACUGUUCCGCUAUUACUGGACGAAGCCACAGCCAGCAACAUGCGUAACUACCAUGGACGAGGACCGGGUCCCUCAUGUCACAGUCAUACGUCCGGUUAAAGGCCUCGACCCCCGCCUCUACGAGUGCCUCGCAGCGACCCUCCGCCAGACGUACCCCAAGAACAGGCUGAACACCGUGUUCUGUGUCCCCUCACGGUCCGACCCCGCGUUUCCAAUCCUCCAGCGUCUAUGCAAGGACUUUCCAGACGUCCAUGUACAAAUCUUGGUUGAAGAGGAAGACCCGCUGCUGCUCAAGGACAGCAAUGCGCUGGGGCCCAACCCCAAGAUCAGGAACAUGAGCCGCGCUUAUAGGGAGGCCAAGGGCGAUAUCGUGUGGAUACUGGAUUGCAACGUCUGGGUUGGCAAGGGCGUCUGUGGUCGCCUGGUGGACCUGCUAUGCGGCUUUGGAGAGGGCAGCAAUGGGAAGCCCAAGACAAAGUACAAAUUCGUGCAUCAGACACCGCUCACGGUAGACCUCGACUCGCAGCGCCUCUCGCUCAGCGACAGAAAGGAGCUUCUUGGAGGAACAUCAGCCGUUACAGCACCUCCUACCAACAUCGCCGCCAGUACGGCUUCAGACCCCCGCAACUACUCCAACAGCACCGUCAAGAAGCUUCUUCAGCGCGGUGGAGGGCGCCUGGACGAGGCCUUUAUGUCGUCCGCGCACGCAAAAUUCUACCAGGCCAUCAACACAGUUGCUGUAGCGCCUUGCAUCAUGGGCAAGAGCACCAUGUUCCGCCGCUCACAGCUCAACUACGUCACGUCGUCGAAUCCCCAACGCGCUGCCGGAAUCGACUUCUUUUCCGACAACAUAUGCGAAGACCACCUCAUCGGCGACGUGCUCUGGAAGGAACCCCAAGCCUUCGAAAAGCGAGGCUACCAACCCGAGCCAGGAGCGGAGAAAGAAGUUUGGGGCAAGCACGGAAUGCUGUUUGGCGAUUUUUGCUUCCAACCCAUCAGUCACACAUCCGUCGAGGCUUACCUGCAGCGCCGCAUCCGCUGGCUGCGCGUGCGCAAGUUCACCGUGACACUAGCAACCUUUGUCGAGCCGGGCACUGAAAGCAUUCUCUGCGGCUUAUACGGCGCAUACGCUCUCACGACACUCCCUUUCUUCGCUCAGCUCGGCAUCAGUCCCACAUGGCCGUCCUUCGUCCUCAUCUGGCUCCUCCACAUGUGUGCCUGGUGUGCGGUAGACUACAUCCAGUACCUCCUCCUGCACUCAGCCAAGACGGUUGAAAUCGACGCCGACACCCCAGACUUUGUCCUCCCGCAACGCUCCGCAGAGGCAUAUCACCGCUCCGACGUCACAAAACCCCUGCUCGGCACCAAGACUCCCGCCGAGCCCAGCCUGCUCGACGGCGCACGCAGAACCCUCAAGGACUUUUUUUUCGCGUGGCUUGGCCGCGAGUUCUUCGCUCUCCCUGUUUGGAUCACGGCCUUUUGGGGCGGCGUCACGGUCGAAUGGCGUGGCCGGAAAUUCUGGGUUGGCCUCGAUACAAAGGUCCAUGAGAUUCUGCCCAGAGAGACGAUCCAAGUGGAUAAAGCUGGACAUGUGAAAUGA